AUGGCCUCUUCGAGUGUCCUGUCUCCAAACAUCGCAUGGGUUCUUUGUCACUUCAUCUUUUGCAGCAUAUCGUUAGCCAUCUGCAAUGAAACUGACGAUAGACAGGCUCUCCUUUGCUUCAAGUCUCAGCUCUCUGGUCCAUCUAGAGUUCUAUCCUCAUGGAGCAACACAUCCUUGAAUUUCUGCAACUGGGAUGGAGUCACCUGCAGCUCACGAAGUCCUCCCCGGGUCAUUGCAAUAGAUCUCUCAUCAGAAGGCAUCACGGGCACCAUAUCACCUUGCAUUGCCAACCUGACCUCUCUUAUGACACUUCAACUGUCAAACAACAGCCUCCAUGGCAGCAUACCACCCAAGCUUGGCCUCCUGAGAAAACUCAGGAACCUCAACCUCAGCAUGAACUCUUUAGAAGGUAACAUUCCAUCUCAACUUUCUUCAUAUUCCCAAAUUGAAAUCCUAGAUUUGUCAAGCAAUUCCUUCCAAGGUGCAAUCCCAGCUAGCCUAGGCAAAUGCAUACAUCUUCAGGAUAUUAAUCUCAGCAGAAACAAUUUGCAAGGUAGAAUCUCCUCUGCUUUUGGGAAUCUUUCUAAGCUGCAAGCACUGGUCCUCACUAGCAACAGGCUCACAGAUGAAAUACCACCAUCUCUAGGCAGCAGCUUUUCUCUCAGAUAUGUUGAUCUUGGGAAUAAUGAUAUCACAGGAAGCAUACCAGAGUCCUUGGCAAACAGCUCAUCUCUCCAAGUACUUAGGCUCAUGAGCAAUAAUCUUAGUGGAGAAGUCCCAAAGUCUCUAUUCAAUACUUCAUCACUUACCGCCAUUUUCCUACAACAAAACAGCUUUGUUGGUUCUAUACCCGCUAUUGCGGCCAUGUCCUCCCCCAUUAAAUAUAUUUCCUUAAGGGACAAUUGCAUCUCAGGAACAAUACCGCCCUCACUAGGUAACCUUUCUUCCCUACUUGAACUUCGCCUUUCUAAGAACAAUUUAGUUGGUAGCAUUCCAGAGAGCUUAGGUCAUAUCCGAACACUAGAGAUACUGACCAUGAGUGUGAACAACUUGUCUGGUCUAGUUCCACCAUCUCUCUUCAACAUUUCAUCCCUGACAUUUCUUGCUAUGGGAAACAACUCGCUCGUGGGAAGAUUACCCUCUGAUAUUGGCUACACACUUACAAAAAUUCAGGGCUUGAUCCUCCCGGCAAACAAGUUUGUUGGCCCAAUUCCAGCUUCACUUCUCAAUGCCUACCACCUAGAGAUGCUCUACCUAGGUAAUAACAGUUUCACUGGACUCGUGCCAUUCUUUGGAUCAUUACCGAAUUUGGAAGAACUUGAUGUGUCAUACAACAUGCUAGAACCGGGCGAUUGGAGCUUUAUGACAUCACUCUCGAAUUGCUCUAAAUUGACUCAACUGAUGUUAGAUGGGAACAGCUUCCAAGGAAUUUUGCCAAGUUCAAUCGGCAAUCUUUCUAGCAAUCUUGAGGGAUUAUGGCUAAGAAAUAACAAAAUCUAUGGACCGAUACCGCCAGAAAUAGGUAAUCUAAAGAGUCUCAGUAUAUUGUUUAUGGAUUACAAUCUUUUCACUGGUACUAUACCACAAACAAUUGGAAAUCUGAACAACUUAACUGUUCUAUCAUUUGCACAAAAUAAGCUCUCAGGCCAUAUCCCUGACGUUUUUGGCAACCUAGUUCAGUUGACAGAUAUAAAAUUGGAUGGGAACAACUUCAGUGGAAGAAUACCUUCAAGUAUAGGGCAAUGUACUCAACUCCAGAUACUCAACCUUGCUCACAACUCAUUAGAUGGGAAUAUACCAAGUAUAAUAUUCAAAAUUACUUCGCUUUCUCAAGAGAUGAACUUGUCACACAAUUACUUGACUGGAGGAAUGCCAGACGAAGUUGGAAAUCUCAUUAAUUUGAACAAACUUGGAAUCUCAAACAACAUGUUGUCUGGAGAGAUCCCAUCCUCCCUUGGCCAGUGUGUGACUCUGGAGUAUCUUGAGAUACAAAGCAACUUCUUUGUAGGAGGUAUUCCGCAAUCUUUUAUGAAAUUAGUAAGUAUAAAAGAGAUGGAUAUAUCUCGGAAUAAUUUGUCUGGGAAAAUCCCACAGUUCCUCAACUUGCUGAGUUCCCUACAUGACCUCAAUUUAUCCUUCAACAAUUUUGAUGGAGUCAUUCCAACGGGUGGCGUUUUCGACAUUGACAAUGCAGUAUCAAUUGAAGGAAAUAAUCAUUUGUGUACAAGCGUUCCAAAAGUUGGUAUUCCUUCUUGUUCUGUUUUGGCUGAGAGGAAAAGGAAACUCAAGAUCUUGGUUCUAGUCCUAGAGAUACUGAUACCAGCUAUCAUUGCUGUUAUAAUCAUUCUAUCCUAUGUUGUGAGAAUUUAUGGAAUGAAGGAGAUGCAAGCAAACCCACAUUGCCAACAAAUUAAUGACCAUGUGAAAAACAUAACAUAUCAAGACAUUGUAAAGGCUACAGAUAGGUUCAGUUCUGCCAAUUUAAUUGGCACAGGAUCGUUUGGGACGGUUUACAAAGGUAAUCUAGACCGUCAGCAAGAUGAGGUUGCCAUCAAAGUAUUUAACCUUGGAAUUUAUGGGGGCCAAAGGAGCUUUAGUGUGGAGUGUGAAGCUCUAAGAAACAUUCGCCAUCGAAAUCUUGUAAAAAUCAUCACUCUGUGCUCUUCAGUGGAUUCCAAUGGGGCAGACUUCAAAGCCCUUGUGUUCCAAUAUAUGGCCAACGGGAACUUGGACACUUGGCUACAUCCAAGGGCUCAUGAACACAGUGAGAGGAAAACUCUGACUUUUAACCAAAGAAUCAAUAUAGCCUUGGAUGUAGCAUUUGCUUUGGACUAUCUGCAUAACCAAUGUGCAUCUCCGCUAGUACAUUGUGACUUGAAGCCAAGCAAUAUCCUUUUGGACCUUGACAUGAUUGCUUAUGUCAGUGACUUUGGCCUAGCAAGAUGUCUAAACAAUACCUCAAAUGCAUAUGAAGGAAGUUCAAAAUCUUUGGCUUGCCUAAAGGGAUCUAUAGGAUACAUCCCACCAGAGUAUGGCAUGAGUGAAGUGAUAUCAACCAAGGGUGAUGUCUACAGCUUCGGUGUGAUUUUAUUGGAAAUGAUAACAGGGAGUAGUCCUACUGAUGAAAAAAUCAAUAAUGGUACAAGCCUUCAUGAACAUGUUGCAAGAGCUUUUCCCAAGAAUACCUAUGAGAUUGUUGAUCCCAGGAUGCUACAAGGUGAAAUGAACAUAACAACAGUGAUGCAGAAUUGCAUCAUUCCAUUGGUCAGAAUAGGUCUAUGCUGCUCUGCUGCAUCUCCUAAGGACCGAUGGGAAAUGGGGCAAGUUUCUGCCGAAAUCCUUAAGAUCAAGCAUAUAUUCUCAAGCAUACAUGGUGUAUGA